UUUUGACAACUGCCCAAUAUUUUUCCUUUUCAUUUCUUUUUCUCGUAGAAAUGCCAGCUAAAAAGCCAGCCGAAAAAUCCGCCAAGUCCGGCGAUAAGAAGCCAGAGCAGAAGAAACCUGCCGCAGCUCCUGCUGCUGGCAAGAAGGAUGCUCCAGCUACUUCCAAGACCCCAGCCGCUGCGCCCAAGAAGGCUGCUGCCCCAGCUGCCAAGAAGCCCGCCACUGCUGCUGCUGCUAAGAAGCCUGCAGUUGCAAAGAAAUCAGUGUCCGCCGUCAAGGUUACCAAGCCUAAGGCCAAGGAUCUGAAGAAGAAGGUUGCUGCUGGCAAGAAGCCCCAAUCGGUGCUGGUUAAGCUCUCGGCCAAGGCUCGCGCUGCCGCCAAGGGUAAGAAGCCAGUAGGCAAGCCCGGUGUCAAGCCCACCAAGGGAACUGCCAAGGCUAAGGCUAUUGCCCUCCUGAACGCCAAGAAAGUUCAGACCAAGAUCAUCAAGGGAGCAUUCGGUACCCGUACCCGUAAGGUGCGCACCAACGUGCACUUCCGUCGUCCCACGACUCUGAAGCUGCCCCGUCAUCCCAAAUACCCAAGGAAAUCGGUGCCAACCCGUAACCGCAUGGAUGCCUACAAUAUCAUCAAGUAUCCACUUACCACGGAAGCAGCCAUGAAGAAGAUUGAAGACAACAACACUCUGGUCUUCCUCACACACCUGCGCGCCAACAAGAACCACGUGCGUGCCGCAGUGCGUAAGCUCUACGACAUCAAGGUAGCCAAGGUUAACAUUCUGAUCAGACCCGAUGGUCAGAAGAAGGCUUAUGUGCGCCUGGCGCGUGACUACGAUGCUCUGGAUAUUGCCAACAAGAUCGGCAUCAUAUAAACAGCUGCUGCAGGCAGAAACGAAGCGUUUUACAUUUUCUACAUAGAGUUAAAACUAAGCUGACACGAUUAGAGAGCAAGGAUGAACGUUUCAAAAUGUGUUGUCUGGGUAUAAUAAACAAAACUAAAAAAACCAUUAAA